AUGCCGAGAAACAAAUUUCACGGCUUGAAGCGGCCGAAACUGCGCCAGUCCUGGUCCAAAUACAACCUCUUCAACCUCACCAAAGUCAGUACGCCCUCCGCCGCCAACAAGACCUUCUUCCAGCAGAAAUGGCUCGCCAAGUCGAUGACGCGGGGGUACCACAACCCCCAGAUCAAGGAGAAGCACUGGACGCGGAUGUUCGAUAGGAGGAUGCCGUCGGUAGUGCCUAUGGACUUUCGAUAUCUGGCGCAGAAUGAUGGGAGUGAGAUGGCGCUGGGGAGAGGCAGUGGACUGGAUGGAGGAGAGGAUGGAAGGGCAAGGCGGAAACAGAAGACGCCGUAUAUGAAUAUGGCGUUUCAUCCGCUUGAGCGACGGUUAGACACGGCGAUAUGGCGCGCGCUGUUUGCUUCAUCGACGAAGCAGGCGCGGCAAUUUGUGGUGCAUGGCGCUGUGAAGGUCAAUGGGAAGAAGAUGGUCUACCCUGGAUACCAGCUGAAUCCGGGCGACAUGUUCUCCGUGGAGGCGGACAAGGUGAUGUAUGCGACAGGGGCGAAGAAGAGGCGCAAGGACAGUCCAAAGUCGAUUCAGGAUAUUAAAGACCUUCGAGAGGAGCGGAGAGCGCUUGCGAGGGAACAGCAGCAAGAGAUGGAGGAGCAGGAGGAUAGUGAUGCUGGUGCUGCAACGCUCGAAUCCGAUGAGGAGCGAGAGGCGAUGUCCGGCAAACCCGAAGACCACGCAGACCCCAAGGUGGCGCUGAAGGGUUUGAUGAUGCGAGCACAGAAGAUCUUGGAUGAUUCGAAGAGGAAGCUAUCCGGGAAGAGACAGCAGGAGCUGAGGCAGUUCUCGCGAUCGAUCAAGAAGACGAUGUCGAAGCUGCGAGGAAUCGAGGAAGGGAAUGUUGAGGAUACUAUCGAUGGCCUGGAAUCAGGUCUGGCGGAGAUCUUGACGAAGAUACCACAAGACGAGCUGCCAAAGGAGGUGAAACUGGAUUCAGCUGCGGCGGCCGAGCAGCGCGACCAGGCUACUUCUGAGCCAGAAGAACCACAAUCAUCGGAACCAGCAGUAUCACGACAAACAGGCAAAGUUGACGAAUACCGAGCGCGAAAAGACGCCGAGCUACUUCACGCAGCCCUAGCACGAGCGAACGAGAACCCGAUCGACACAUCAAAGCCCUACGCGACGCCAUGGAGGCCGCGCGAGUUCAUGUCCGCCUUCGCGUUCAUUCCGAGAUACCUGGAAGUCAAUCAGAAUAUCUGCUCAGCUGUGUAUCUUCGGCAUCCUGUGGCGAGGCCUGGGUUGGCAGAGGUGCCUUCGCCGUUCCAUGGGGAGACGCUAGGGUUGGCGUUUAAUUGGUAUUUGAGGAGGAGGUGA